CCGGGCGGAGGCAGCGCGGGCUGAGGCGGGCGCGGCGACCCGCGCCGGCCGCCCUAGCGGCCGUUGUCGGGGAGGGCGGCUCUGCCUGUGUCCUGCCGCAUCGGGGAACAUGGCGGUCGCCUCCGACCUGGUGCGGCAUCGCGACUCGGCCGCAGCCCCCCGCGCCGCGGUUUGUUUUGACGUGGAAUUGGAUCUCACAGCUUAAUUAAAGGAAAAAAAGAAUGUCAAGAGUAGUCUUUCUUGAUUUCGGUGAAGGACCAUUGCAGGGAGCCAUGGAUAUUAGUUUGUAAAUGUGCUUAAUGGACAGACCAGCAAUAUGGAUGAUAUAGAGAGAAAUACUGAAGUCACUGGUGCUAAAGAAGAGGAAAUCAUAUGUGAUGAUAAUUUCAUAUCUGAGGAAGAAGGUGGCAUUCCUAAAGCACAAGAGAGCGAUGCGUCAUUUCAGACAAACAAUACAUUGACUCUGUCUGAGGAGCUAUCAAGGGACAGAUCUGAAAAAGCCUUAAGUGGGGGCCAGACUUCUCUGUUUAUACACGCUGGUGCUCCUACUGUUUCUAACGAAAACUUUAUCUCGUCUAGAGGAACUGCUGUUAAUGGACCAGUUUCACACUCCACCUCAACUAAGACUUCCAUUAUGAGUAAAGGCAGUGUUUCAUUAACCACCGGACAGCCUGUAGGUCACCACACAGAUUCCUGCUCAACUUUAACAGUGGUUCGUGAUCAUCAGCUGCCUGCAAAGAGUACAACACAGAAAUCAAAUCAGCACCAAGUUUUAUUUUUGUUACCUGAUGUAGCACAUGCUAAGAGCCUGACUCAUUCCAUUAAAAAUCUACCUACCUCUUCUUCAGUUGGUUGUGAUUCACAGAAGUCCAUCGGAACUAGUGUAGACAGCACUUUAGUAGGCCCCGUAGAAGUCUGUGAGGAUGACAAAAAUUCGCUAGUAAAAGAUGAUUGUGUCGAUACAUUAACAGGCGUUUCCUCAGGUACAGGUGGUUUCAGAUCGGGAUGUGAUCCCAGCUGGGAUCCACAGAAAGAGUUCAUCCAGUUCCUUAUGACAAAUGAAGAAACAGUAGAGAAGUCUCCUGUUCACUGUAAGGUAGGCUCAGAAAAAAAGCGAAAAAGGAAAAUGGAUGUUAGUAAAAUAACACGCUAUACCGAGGACUGUUUUGAUGAUAGCAGUUGUAUUCCUAGUAAAUCAAAGCUGUUAAAUGUUGACUUCCUAGAGCAGAAUGAGGACCUGCAAAUAGAACCACAAAAAUAUUCACUGAGUAAAGUAAAGCCUGAAUCUGCAGAUGAGGAGCUGGAAGCUGUUGAUGCUAUCCAGCAGCUCAUUUAUAGUCCUACUAGUAACUGUGCAGAAGAUACUUCUCCUGUUCACACUAGCACUUUUCUUUCCAACACUUUACAAAAUCAAUGUGAACAGAAUGAUUCUGAAUCACCAUCUACUUUUAGUGCCGAUGAACCGUCAUUUUAUCCCUGUACAAAGUGCAAUGUGAAUUUUAGGGAGAAGAAACAUCUGCAUAGGCAUAUGAUGUACCAUUUAGAUGGAAACAGUCAUUUCCGACAUCUUAACGUCCCCAGGCCCUAUGCAUGUAGGGAAUGUGGAAGGACAUUUCGAGAUCGUAAUUCACUUCUUAAACAUAUGAUAAUUCACCAAGAAAGAAGGCAGAAACUGAUGGAAGAAAUACGUGAGCUGAAAGAACUUCAGGAUGAGGGUAGGAGUGCACGGUUACAGUGUCCGCAGUGUGUGUUUGGUACCAAUUGUCCCAAAACGUUUGUGCAGCAUGCAAAGACCCAUGAAAAAGAUAAGAGAUAUUAUUGCUGUGAGGAGUGCAAUUUCAUGGCUGUGACGGAAAAUGAACUGGAAUGUCAUCGAGGAAUCGCUCACGGAGCAGUAGUCAAAUGUUCCAUUAUCGGUAGCGACAUGUCCCAGAGGAAAGCACAGAAAAAGGCAUCCUUGAAAAAUCCAUAUUUGGCAUCCUCAAAAAAAUCAUCAACAUAUAUGUGUAAGAUGUGUCCAUUUACUACUUCAGCUAGAAGCAUUUUAAAAAAACACAUGGAAUAUUUGCACCCAGCAUCAUGCAUUGAUCCCUUUGGUAGCCACCUUAGACUAGAAAAAAGAAAAGGCAGGAUGAUAGAAGAAUCUUUAGAAUUUGGUAGCAGGACAAAGCAGUUGAUGAAACAAUCUUCUACUUUUCCAAAGAACUCUGUUUUAAAACAGGAUGUAAGAAGAUCGUUUGGCUCUACUUCUCAGUCCGGUAGCUUCGCAAAACUUCAUAAGAGGCCCUACAGGAUACAGAAGGCUCGGAAGAGCGUUUCACAGUCAUCUAAACUAAACUCUGCUGAAAAAAAAGACAGCUAUGAAACGGAGGAUGAAAGUUCAUGGGAUAAUGUUGAACUAUGUGAAUACACUACACAGUCUAUGGAGGAUGAAUCUUACAGUGAUAUUAAUCAGGAGCAUGUAAACCUAUUCCCCAUAUUCAAAGGUAAAAUGGAAGAUCAUGAAGCUGGUGAUAAAUCUUCACUUAGUUAUGAGCAGAAUGAUGGCUUUUAUUUUGAGUAUUACGACGAUGCCGAGGGUAAUAACUUCCUGCAUGAUUUGCAUGAUCCUCAGAAUUUGGAAAACGUAGGAUCAGCAUUGCCAAAGCAUAAUUCAGUUUUCCACUGGACUGAUUUGUCACUUGAAAAGAAGUCCUGCCCAUACUGUCCAGCAACCUUUGAAACAGGUGUUGGAUUGUCCAAUCAUGUCAGAGGACAUCUUCACAGAGCUGGACUAAGCUAUGAAGCCCGUCAUGUUGUUUCACCAGAACAGAUAGCAACAAGUGACAAAAUGCAACACUUUAAAAGAACUGGAACAGGAACUCCUGUUAAACGUGUUAGAAAAGCGAUUGAGAAAUCUGAAACUUCCUCUGAGCACACGUGUCAGCUCUGUGGAGGCUGGUUUGAUACUAAAAUUGGAUUGUCUAAUCAUGUGCGAGGGCACCUGAAGAGGCUUGGCAAAACCAAGUGGGAUGCACACAAGUCCCCGAUCUGUGUUCUGAACGAGAUGAUGCAAAAUGAAGAUAAGUAUGAAAAAAUCCUAAAGGCUUUGAACAGUCGACGCAUUAUUCCCAGACCGUUUGUUGCUCAAAAAUUUGCAUCAAAUGAUGACUUUUUGUCUCAGAAUGUUAUACCUCUCGAAGCAUACCAUAAUGGCCUAAAGACUGAAGAUACAUCUGUGUCUGCAUCAGAGGAGGAAGGGCUGAGUUUCCUAAAUGAAUGUGAUGCAACAAAAGCAGUACUACAUGCAAGAAAAAAAAAUCAGUCACUGACGCUGAUAGAACUCCUGAAAAAUAAGAGGUUAGGAGAAGAAAGGAAUCCUGUUAUUUCCCCUCAAAAGAUUCAUAAUCAAACUGCAAGAAAGAGGUUUGUUCAAAAAUGUGUUCUUCCAUUAAAUGAAGACAGUCCAUUGAUGUACCAGCCACAAAAAAUGGACUUGACUAUGCAGUCAGGUAUGCCUGUGAAGCUUAGAACGUGUGUGCAUUGCAAUACGACGUUUACAAGUGCUGUUAGCCUGUCCAACCACUUACGCGCUUAUGCACGAAAGAAGAGUGCUGGACUUUUGACUGGGACAGCUUUAGACUGUAAGCAAAAGAAGUCAAGGUCAAGAUCUGGAAGCAAGAAAAAAAUGCUGCAAUUACCUCAUAGUGCUGAUGAAGUUUACAUACUCAGAUGCAGGUUUUGUGGUCUGGUCUUUCGAGGACCUUUGUCUGUUCAAGAAGACUGGAUAAAGCACUUGCAGCGACACAUUGUUAACGCAAAUCUUCCACGGACUGGAGCUGGCAUGGUUGAAGUCACAUCACUACUUAAAAAGCCUGCUUCAAUUACUGAAACUUCAUUUUCUUUACUGAUGGCAGAAGCAGCAUCAUAGAAGAAGGCAACCUUUUAAAUUUUAAUUGGAUGUAAAUUUGAAAUACUUUGUCAUUUUUUAAAAUAAAUUGCUACACUAAAUUAUGUUUAUAAAUGCUAAAGACAGAAAACUAGAGGCAGUGGAUUACAGUAACAUCAAAAUAAAUUGAAUACUUAACAGUUACAGUAAGUAGUCUUUAUAUUUUAUAUAGAGUGGAAGAUGUGUUUUUAAGGUUUAUUAUGGUUUUUGUCAGUUACUGUGCUCUCUAUCAAUCCAAGACCAUUACAUGUACGGCAGCCCUUUUCUAAAUUGUUGCACAUGGGUACUUAACAAGACAGAUUUUAAUAAAGCAAACAAACCACCUUCUCUUCAGUGUUACCCAAACCAAGGCUCUGUUUAUUCAAAAAAAAAAAAAAAAAAGAGAAUUACAUAGUAAAAUAAGAUAUUAUUCUAUUUUGUUUGUAUGUAUGUAGUGUUUUGUAUCAUACCGAGAACUGCUAAUACAAUUUACUCAACUUAGGGCAUUAAAUAUCAUGUACUUCAUAGUUCAAGACUGUUUCAUUCAAAUAGGGCAAUUAGUACUCUUCUAUCUAGGUGUGUAAGUGUUUUUUUUUAAAUCACAUGAGGCUUUUUGUACUAAAAAGUGGAGGGAAACUUGUUUAAACAAAUUUCUAAGAGAAAUAUGUACAUAAUACUGGAAAUUUGUGGUAAGGAAAUAUUCUUUACUUCAGUCGCAUUUCUCACUGACAAUAAAGUGGUGCAUCCAUGCUACCUCCAACUUGUCAACAAAGAUCAUAGUUACCCUUACGUUUUUGUAUCAUAAUAGACUCGACCCAGCUUUCUUUAUUACAAAGCAUCUUUUUGUUAACAAGUUUGUUUCCUUAUGAUGAUUUACUUAAAGUCUGACUUGCUUACUGAAGUUUGCCUCUCUACUUUUUUUAUUUAACACUGUAGAAAUGUACUAAUAAACCUUGCUCACUACACGGUUAGAGUAGACUUUUCCUUUAUAAUUCUGUUUAAAAGGUUGAUCAUUUUAGAAGAUUUGAACAUAAACUAUUUCCACAUAUGAAGAGAAUGUUUACAGCGUAAAUUUUAGAGCUUGUUUUGGAUGUGAUUAUAUGUAUGAAAACUGUAACACUAUGCUCAUGCUAAGGACCUACUUACAGAAUUACUGAAAUAAAUGUGCUGUGAGGAUGGAAAUAUGGUGCAGGUGUCUUGGUCAUGCUGAAUUGUGUUUGUUCAUUUAAACUGUCUUCAGAACAUGAUUUUUGUUUAAAUCGAAUCUGAUUCCUCUACAAAUCAAUUUUGUAUGCAAGUAACAUUUCAUUUUGCUCAAAUAGGAUAACAGAUACUGUAGUUAAGCCAAGGAAUAUGCAUUGAUAUUUUCUUUAUAUGUAAAUAAAGUUAAAAGCAGCUCAAACAAGAGGAGUAUUUUGGUAGAGUAUAUACAUACCUCACUGCCAGCAAAAUUGCUUUCCUAUGGUAUAUCUCCUUACCAGAAAAAUCUCUAAAUAAAAAAGGUUUAAAGAAAAUCUAAAUGUCUAUAAUGUGAAGCAUUUAUUUGCAUUGUGUGAAUUAAGUUUGUGAAAUUGAUUUGUCUUGCUUGAGAUUAGAAUCUUCUCAUGAUCUUAAGUACAUUUAUUUGCAAUAAACUGACUUGUUCACAGACGCAUUACAUUUGAUUGGUGGAAAAUAGAACUAAGUGUCUGUCUUCCUGCAUGUGUGCAGUUCAGAGUUAAGACACAAGGCUUGGAACGUUCUGAUAAAAAUAGGUGGGUUAAAAAUGCAUAACCCUGCAGGACAGACUCUUGAGACAAGGCCAUCCUAGCUCUGCCACAGUUGUAAUUAAAUUACUGCUACUGUACGAGUUCCUACAGAUAACUUUAGCUUUGUCCACGUUUGUUCCUUUUGUUGUUUUAUUUUGUUUAACUGGAAGAUCUACAUCAGUACAUUCAAAGGCUAAAGAAAGAAAAUAAGAGAUUUUUAGGAGAGAUAUGUGGGAUCUUGAAGUGUAGUGCAGACAAGUUAUGUAUAUGCAGACUAACAAAUUCCUAAGUUAGUGGAUGUUUGCGGGAUGUUUUUCUUUACGCUGUGAAAAUGGAAGAUCUACAUCAAUAUGAUCCAACAAAGCAGAGAUUAAUGAUUCAAAUCACCUUGAAUGUUUAUAAUGCUUUAAUAGAGUGCUUGUUUACCCUUAUCACCAAAAAAGGUGCUUGUGAGAGCACCAUAUUUUGUGGCUGUUCAACAGAUGGAAAAAAAAAAUCAAUGAAGUGCAAAUGAUAUUUAUCUAGUAUUGUUAAGAAUGCCUGUAAGGUGAAGCCAUACUGUGUGAAAUUUAGCAGUAGCAAAAAUCUCUUAUUAGGUUCAUAGUAAUAAAAACCUAGUUAAUUCUAUUUAAGUCAUUAAACCCCAGUUGUGAGCUUGCACUAAAGUGCAAGGUUUCAUUUGAAGAGUGGAGAGCUCUGGGCCUGAUAGCUUCCAAAAUGAGAUUGUUUCUCUGAGGAGCAGAAGUUUUCCAGCAGCAGGCUUUCUGAGUAGGUGCACUGGAGCUCUGUGCCCCACUUGCAUCUGAUCCUUGACAAAAUAGCUUAAAUAUAUAUAUAGUUAGAACUCUUCUGAUUAAAUUAAUUGCAUAUAUAGUUGAUUCAGACCGAAGAUCUUAUUUUUAAAAACAUAAGAAUAACAACUGAGUACCUUUAAGAUUUCUUUAGCAUCUACUCCUCAAGAGGGGCAAUUUGUUUCCUUGGUUUCUAUUGCUCAGAAAUCCAGAUCUUCUGUCGCUACUUACAAGGAACUAUAAAUUCCUUUUUCCAGAGCUAAAGAGAUUCUAAAUAAUUUAGUAGAAGAGAGUUAAUGAAAUCAGUCACUUUAUGACAUGAAUCUCAUGUUUCAAGAUGCAUGGCUUUGAUAGGUUCUAUGGAAGUCUGUGCGAAGGAGCUGGGCUUCCAGAAUGGCACAUACAAACACGAGUGGUUAGUCUGUUCUCAUUAGCUAGAUUGCUUUGGGAUAAAGGUUGCAGUGGCGUAGUGGUUUUUAUUGUGUUGAUUUUGGUUCCUUAUCACAAUAUUACGUGUUUCUGGAGUUACCCUAGUUUCUGGUAAAGGUCUCUUAACUAGCAGCCUUUGGAAAAUAAAUUGUGAAGGAAUUUUGAGAGUACUAGAGAAGCCUGGGAAAUUGUAGAAGACCACCCCUCACACUUCCUAAGGUCAUUUCCCGCUAUCCCCUGGUCCCAGUGAGAUUUUGAAAGCAUCUUAAAAGUUAUAUUGUUUGAGUUCCUUGAAAAGGUGGUUUUAAAAGUGCCUGUGGUAGCCGCUGCCAAGUGGUAGUGUUCUUCAGGCUGCAUGGAUGGAAAAUGGAAGCUGAGGCAAGCAGAUGACAACUACUGGCUCACAAAGAUCCCUGGGCAUUUACUACUGUUUGCUGUGUACUAAUUCAUAUGGAUUGUGUGAGUCCAUAUUAGGUGUACUAGUCCCACAAGGCAAGGAUAUGACCUGCUGAUGCCUUGAUGGGAGAAAAGGCAUAGGCCAGAUAAUAGCUAGUGCUAGCCUUUGGGAAGGGAAGGUGAGCACCUAAUGCACCAAAGAUGGAGAUUGCAGCAGUUUGGGAUUUUGUCCUGGCCAGACUUCAUGUUUGAGCAAUGUGCCUGUUCAGAGUCCUACCUUUUCAGCCACACUCAGGGAAAUCACCAAGGUCUUUGAGGAAAGUGGAUCACAGGAUUUAUGAACCUGGGGCUCAUAGAUGUUCAUUCAUCCAAAGUUUUGAAAGGUCAGCAUCACAGAACUGAGAUGAGGAGAUCUGUUACUGCAAAGCUAUUUUUACUUCAGUGCUUUUUCUGGGCCAGUUGUGGUUCUAGAUUUCCUACAUGCUUUACAGAGGGGUUAUUAAUUAAAUCUUCUACUUGGUUCUGAAAACCUACAGAAGAUAAAUGUUGGCUGAACAAAUAUGGAAAGAUGAGCAGUGAAUAACAAGUACUGGCUUUUGACUAAAUGGUGUAAGGGCUGCAAAGAAAGCCUGUUUAGUUGAGUGCUAUGGUUAACAGACUUCCACUUUUGAUCACAGUAGUUAAUGUGUGGAUACCUAACACCAAUUUCAUGGUUUAAAAAAAAUUGGUUUCUAUAGUUUUGGAUUGUCUUCUUAAAAAAAAGUCUUUUUAGGAUGGUACUUACUUAAAGCUCUCUACGUUAUGAUUUCAAGUUAUUUCAACCCACCAUGCUUUGUAGGUGCUGUUGCCUGAUACAUGGGUAGCAAUUUUGAUGUAAUGGAAACAUUUGGCCAUAGUGCCAGGUCUGUAAUCUCUUGCAAUAAAAUGUUCCUUUCUAACA